AUGUCAGGCUUAUUAGGUGCUGGCUAUUAUUCCAGUGAUGAUGACACCGUUGGUUUGCCGAAACCCUCAGUGACGGCCGCAACCAAGGUCGUUGCUGCACCAGAAGUCAAUACAGAGGAUCAAGCUCACAUGCAGAUGACCCUCGCCAACACCUCCUCGCAAGCCCUCACUUACAACGCCACCUACGAUGAUCUGACACGACCUUCCCAAGGGCCCGUAAACCCAUUCAAACCCGUGGGCGCAGGAAAUGGUAUCAAGCGCAAAAACGUCCCAACUGGAUUUGCCGAGGAGGCUGCCAUCAGCGAGUCCACCUUUAAUGCGCAACAUCACACGUUCCAGAGCUUGGGAUACACCCGCAACCCGACUCGCCCAGAUGAGUUUGUGGGGAACAUGGAAAAUGUCGCGCAAUUUGGAGGAAAGGACGUCGUUCAGAUGAGAGUUAACAAGCAGGCCUCUGCUGCAUGGCGCGCAAAGCGCCAAAGGAAGGGCGACUCGAGUAUCGUCGAGGGCGAAGGCGCGUACCUAGGUCCCUGGGCGAAAUACCAGAAUGAACAACAGUAUGAGGAAAUCGAGGUAGGUUCCGGUGAGGAGCGCGAGCUUGCAAGUGAUGAGGAGUACGUGGAGGAAGGUGAUGAGCCUUCCGCGCCCGCGCUCAUGCCGGCUAUGAGCAAAGAGGCCACCGACUACGCGGGCGACUAUUCCCGAGAGGAAACAAUCGAGUUCCAUGGUUCACAGGAGCUCGAUUACCAGGGCCGUACAUAUAUGCAUGUCCCCCAGGACUUGGAUAUCGAUUUGCGCAAGGAGCCCGGCAGUAUCAAGAACUAUGUGCCGAAGAAGCUUGUUCACACCUGGAAGUCGCAUACCAAGGCCAUCACCUCGCUCCGCUUCUUCCCUGGCUCAGGACACCUUCUGCUUUCGUCUGCCGCGGAUGGAAAGGCCAAGAUUUGGGAUGCGUAUCACUCGCGCGAACUCUUGCGCACUUUCUCGGGCCACUCGAAAGCCAUUUCAGACACAGACUUCCACCCAACAGGCAAGACCUUCCUUACAGGCUCGUACGACCGACAGAUCAAGCUAUGGGAUACCGAGUACGGCAAGUGUCUUGGCCGUUUCUCGACGGGCAAGGUGCCGCACGUUGUGCGCUUCAACCCCAGCCCGGAACACUCGCACGAGUUCUUGGCCGGUAUGUCCGACAAGAAGAUCGUGCAAUUUGAUACCCGGUCUGGCGAGUUGGUCCAGGAAUAUGACCACCACUUGGCUGCUGUCAACACCAUUACUUUCGUGGAUGACAACCGCCGCUUCAUCUCCACCUCGGAUGAUAAGUCGCUUCGCGCGUGGGAAUACGGUAUUCCCGUACCCAUCAAGUUCAUUGCAGAGCCAUACAUGUUUGCCCUUACUCGCGCUACGCCCCAUCCCAACGGCAAGUAUGUUGCUUUCCAAUCGGGCGACAACCAGAUCGUCGUCUACGGAGCGACCGAUAAAUUCCGUCAGAACCGCAAGAAGAGCUUCCGUGGCCACAACAAUGCCGGAUAUGGAAUUGAUAUCAAGAUUUCGCCUGAUGGUCAGUUCCUUGCUUCGGGUGAUAGCGGUGGCUAUGCCUGUUUCUGGGAUUGGAAGACAGGAAAGAUGUAUCACAAGAUUCUUGCUGGUGGAAAAGAGGGUGGUGCUAUUACCUGCUUGGACUGGCAUCCGCAAGAAACAAGUAAGGUGGUUACUGGUGGUUUGGAUGGGCUUAUCAAGUAUUGGGAUUAG